GGUGGGAUUGUCACACAUGGCGCUUCGUAGUCAUUUGGUGUUGACUUGAGUACUUGCUUGAAUUCUUUCGUUUUGCUGGCACCUGUCUUUAGCUUUCAGACUGCGGUAAAAGCAGCUGUUGAAAACGGAUCGCCCGAGCAGUACUCUCUCACCAGCAGUCCAUUUUCUUUUUAUGUAAAUGUCGAAUCGGGUGCUGAAGAAGCUCCAAGGCGUCAAUGAAAUUGGGAAACUUGAUGCUCAAUCGGAAACAGAAGAUGAGGCACCCAAUGUGGCCGCCAACGAUGCUCGAAAGAGCAAGCAAGCGGCUGCAAACCGUUUUGAGCUGCUCACUGGGCUGUCAGCCGAACAGUCUCUCUCAGACACGGCCAAAGAGGAUGAUGACCGAGAGAAUGAGCCACCACCUGCUCGGGCUGCUGCAGCAGGGUCUCUCCAGGAGAGCAUGCUGCUUGCAGAUGAGGUACCGAGGAGCAAACUGGAGAAACAGGAUUCCACCCAGAGCACUGACAGCCUUAAACGCCGCAAAAAGAAAAAGAAAAAGAAGAAGCAGCUAAACAGUCAGCACAGUCAUGAGGACAAGCUGCACCACAAUGAAGACGAAGUAGCAGCCAGCGUGCGGGAGGUAAACCGAAUGCUGGGGGAGCCCGAGAAUCUGCCUCACGUUGCCGCCGUUACUACCACUGUCUCUGGGCCUUCUCGGGCAGAAAAGAGCCUACUUUCUGUAGAUCAGCGCAACCUCAAUCCUGAGAAUGAGAUGCGGAGAAUCUUUGGAUCUAGAGUUGUCCAGUCUGAGCAAGCGAAACGACGCGGAAGAGGACGUGUCUAUGGUCGAACAGCUGUUUUGGUACCUGGCAGGAACUGGCACCACAUUGGAAAGCCUGGAAUAACCAUGGAGCUUCUAGAGACACGAGGUGACGUACACUUCUUCACCUUUGAGCACUCAAAAUCCUACCAGGCAAUCCAGUUUCAAUUCUUGGAUGCUGUUGAAACAUUCAACCCGGACAACAUAGUGGCAUUACUAAACCAACAUCCAUAUCAUGUAGAUUCACUGAUUCAGUUCAGUGAUGUUUGUAAGAUGAGUGAGGAUCUACAAAUGGCUGCUGAGCUUAUAGAGCGAGCACUCUAUUGCUUGGAGUCGUGCUUCCACACACUCUUCAAUGUCACACAAGGGAACUGCCGUCUUGACUAUCGCCGUAGUGAGAACAGAUCAUUUUUUCUGGCUCUCUUCAAGCAUUUAAACUUUGUGGGGCAGCGUGGCUGCUCACGGACUGCACUUGAAUUCUGCAAGCUGCUGUUGGGGCUUGACCCAGACAAUGACCCGUUAUGUGUGACACUGCUCCUGGACUACUAUGCUAUCCGUGCGGAGCAGUACCAGUACCUGGUGCGACUGUACCGGGAGUGGGAUGCUGAACGGAAUCUCUGCCAACUGCCGAAUUUUGCCUUCUCUGUGCCCCUUGCCCUCUUCCACAUGGCACAGGCUGGUGCCAGUGAAGACAGUGUGUCAUCUGCUGAGCUAGAAGCAGACAAAAUGCUGCAAGAAUCGCUGAUCAUGUUCCCUGGUGUACUAAUGCCACUGUUGGACAAGUGUGGUGUGCAGCCAGACAGUGAAGUGGCCAAGCACACAUUCUUUUCUGCCACAGCCCAGGCACAACAACCUGCUGCUCUCAACCAGCUGCAGUCUCUCUUCGUUGGGCGCAACUAUGUUCUCUGGAAAGAACCAGAGGUGCUGGCCUGGCUGGAACGGAAUGUUCGUGCUGUCCUUAAGCGUGUGGAUCAAGGGGACCCCUUGGUGGCUUCUUCAGCAGAGAAGCGAGCAAAACGCUACCAGGGCGCACCACGCAACCUUUGCCGUCACAUAAUUCUUUCAAACAUCCAGGAAGCCAGUGUGACGCUACCUCAGGAACUAUCAAACUCUCCCAUCUUUGGCUUUGACCCCUUGCCACCGGUUGAUGCUGUUGUGAGCUACACACGCCCACCAAGGGCACAGCCAAUGGGAGAUGAGAGCAUGAUGGGGGCCUUCUUUCGAUCACUUUUGCCAAGCUUUAAUUUGCCACAAGAGGUGGUGGGCAUUGACGUACGGAAUCCCAUGGUGCUGGUGGAGCCUGAGCCAGCUGAGCGCGGUGCAGCAGGUGCUGCGGGGGCAGACGGGGCCAAUGGCGAUGCGGGUGACCUGCGUCGAAGUGUCACGUCGCUGCUGGAGGCCAUGCGUGACCUCCUCAGCAACAUCCACCUGCCCUCGGAUGUGCCAAAUGAUGGUGACGUGGACAGCGAUGACGAGCAUGAGGACUAAUGAACAGUAGUGGUCAUACUACCCCAGCAAUUCUUGUCUCUGCACCCCCGCCCCCUUUUUUUUCUUUUCGCUUUUGUCAUGGCUGCGUAAUGCUGGCUGGUAAUGUUUUGCCAGAAGACUUAUUUUUAAAUUUGACUGGCUGAUAGGAUGGCAGGUAGCAAAAACUGUCUACGAGAAAACAUAUUGUGCCGAGCAAACUUCUUGCUAACUUUUAUGACGGGUGUCAGUUUUCACACUCUGUACCAUUGCCCAGGCUGUUUAGUUGGUACUUUACCGGUUAGAUGCAAUGCUGAAUUUUCGCCGCCAUUUUUUCAGCAGUUGCCUUUACAGGUGCUGUACGUUUAAAUUGUGGGACUUAUUUGUAUGGUACUUUAUUGGCAAGACUUUAUGACACACAAAUCUGUCUUUUACCUUCGAUUGUAAAAUUUGAUUAAGGCUGUCAGAUAUGGGUGGCUAUUCCCAUAUUGUUUACGUAGGUUAUGUGACACUACAGCAGUGUCACUGAAGUUUAUUUGAAAGCCAUUGCUAAGAUAUUAUUUUUUGUGCGUUAACAACAUUACUUUGAACAGGAUGUGCAUAUGUUCUCUAUUCACUUCAGUGACAAACUUUUAGUCUGCUUUCUCUCAUUCUACACCCGACCUUUCUUUUUUUUUUUCUUAUCUGAAGGAUAAUUAAUCACAUAUAUCUUUUACUAGGUUAUUUGUUUUCUUAAAAUUUUGUUUUUUAAGUGGUUGUAAGUACUUGGACCAACUUUAUUUAUUACAGCUAUGUGGAGCUGGUGUUUAGGAGGAGGAGGAAAAGAAAGGAAAGGUGUUUAGGAGAGUUUAUAUGUUUAUGAGGCGAUGGCCUACAAGUAAGUCGUGGCUUUGAUUUGAAUGUUACACCAAUUGGAAGAGAACAGGUGAUGCCUCUGAGCACGAAGCUUUGUUGUGAAUGUCACCACUUUGAAGAAAACAGAGCGAGUUACCUAUCUAGGCGAACGCUUCAAGUGAAACUUCUUUUGUGCUGUUACCGAACCUUGUGCUGUCCUCAGCUUAGAACACUCUUCACUUCUGUCAAGGCACUUACUUUCACAGUAGCUUUUACAGGAAGCACUUCCGAGUUGUUAUAAACGGCCUUAUAUUUUGUAUUCUGUCGAAGCAUAUUCUUCGUAUUGUGUUGAGAGUGCAUUGUCAGCACGUCGGAUAUUUAUGUACAUGGCUGUGUGCAAAUGUAGUAGCUGUUUCGCAGGCAUUUUUGCAUGUUGUGAUUUUGUUGCGGUUCUUAGCUCAAUUGUAACCAGCCCCUCAUAACAUUUGUGCACUUUAGCCAAAUGUUUUAGGCCUGUCUCGACGUAAUUGUAAUGAAAUAUGUUCAUGUUUUAAAUAUAAUGUGUAUGUGUAUGUUGACUGUUAUAGUUAGUCUUGCUCACUGGUAAGUGCAGACAACAGUCUCUUGGCGCCCUUGAUACCAUUCACUUUUUGAGCCUGUCUUGAGCGUUGAGCAUUUAGUGUGAACACAUGCAGGUAGCAGUGUGCACGUCAGAUCUUCUCUAUUAUGAUUUGAAUUGCUUGGCGUUUGUACCUUUUAGGCAAUUUACAUCAGCUCAAUUCCAUUAUUUGUCGAUCGCUUCCUUUGAUGGUCUUGGCCAAUAUUUUGGUAUGUAGAGUAUAUAAAAAAAUAUGCAGAAUAUCCAGAAGCCAGAGGGAUCUUGAUAGUUUUCACAUAUCUUAGUUUCUGCCUGUAACAUAAGGUACUUGCUUCGAGCAGUAGUGAACAGCAAGUCCAUUUUCAGUUCACAUUGGAACAUAGGCACAAAGAACUUGCCUCUUGACCUGCUUUGAACAAGGGCUGUAAACCACCAUACUUCAGCAAGUGUCCUUCAUUUGCCUUGUGAAAAAAAAAGGUGAAAAAUGCUAUUGCAAUAACAACAUAGUGUGUGAAAAUGUCAGAACACUUUUCUUAACCUUACAGUCUCGUUUAUUCACUCUUACAGAGCUUUUUGAGCAAUAUGCAAGAUUAAUCUCAAUUACUUUAUAGCAACAUUAGUGCUGUAAAAGUUGUUUUCCUGCUACAUUAUUGAGCAGAUGUGAAUGAACUGGCAACUACAGUUAAAAACUGCACAAAGCCAUAGGAGAUAAUGAUACCAUUGCGUUUUUGGCACUGUGGUAGGAAAAUUUAGUUGUUAGCAUUGCAUCUUUGGCCUAAACAGCAAUGCACCUUUUUGGAAUAUGAGUGCGUUUGCACUGUUAUUUUGUCAUGGUAGCUUUAGUUGGCAUGAUGAAUGUGGUAUGAUGCUCUUUGCCCAUGUACUUGCACAGUCAAACUGGCAUGGCCCAAACGUACUUAGUCUGUUUUGGCAUAGUAAACUAGGAAUCAGCAGCAGGAGCAACGUCCAUGAAUAGGGAUCUGAAGUGCAACUUCCUUCAUUUCAUGCAGCUCUGUGUUGCACCUUUGACAGAAUUUCAUAUGUGCCCACUAAGCUACAGUUGUGAGAGAUAGUACAAGAGCAGGUUGUGCCUUAGAAACACUGUUUUUCUUCACCACAGCUGUCACACUGCUGUUGGUAAAGUGGUCUUACACCAGCACAGGCCAGAAUAUUAAUCUCUGCAGAAACAAACACAUGCAAAUUGUGUUUGAUAUAACAUGCUCUUUUGCACAUUCUGCCAUCAGAAAAUAAUGCCAAGACAUCUAUUAUGCAUAGGAUGGAUGUUGGGUUUUCAUAUUUGGCUAUAUCAAGCACAAGUGCUCAUAUUUUGCCAAUUAAGGCUGCUGCCAUUGUAUUUCUACAGGCAGCUACGUUUAGACGAACAAGCUUUAAGAUAUUGCGUAUGCAUGUUGUACUUUCAGGAAGCCAUGUAAUACCAUGUUUAUGUGCUUCCAUGAUACAAGUCAGCAUGACUGGAAGAUAAGCUAGUCUCUUAUGAAUACAAGAGAUACUGCAUAACCAAAAUGUAUCAGUGGCAACAUGCAAUUCCAAUCAUUUCAGAUAUGUAACUGUAUCGAUAAUUGAAAAGAUUGCCUCUUUCAUGUUUUUUCUUGUUCGACAAAAUUGCUUAAUUGCAUCCUCUUCACUCCCGCCAUUCCCCAUUUCUACAUCAGUCAGCAACCUGUUAUGCUGUUAUAUUGUCUGUCAAAUUUAAACUUCAGUUAAGCCGAAAUGACUGAAAUGACUUAGAAGUGGUGGUCAUGAUUUCAAAGUUGAUUCAACAAUGGGGAGAAAAUUGCACCAUUGCAGAAAUGUCGCUCAUCUGUGGUUUCUAGUGCUUUCUUUAUCAUCGUAACCCAUGCCUUCCCACCCACUCUGGGUGUGGAAGACUAGUGCCGCUUUUCUACAGGGUUUUCUCUGCUUAUCUUGUUGCUCUGAGCUGCAUUAUGAUACAGUUACAUGCACCUGCUCGUUCUAGAUAUAUUUUUCUGUUAUGCUGUGCAGUCCACAUUAUGCAGGAAAUGAUUUCCAUGUAUUGCAAUCUCUUAGUAUGCACACUGCUGUAGCUCUUUGCAACCCAUUUUUGUAAUGUGCCUAUCCACAAUUGUUGAUGAGCUUUAGCAUGAUUAACAUAUGCAGCAUCUGUGCCGUUGGCAUGCUGUUGGGUCUCGCGGAGAAUUCAAGUUUCAGCAGGAAAACAGCCUAGAACUAGUUAGUGCAUUGCGUGUGUUACUUUUGGUGCUCUGCAAAUUGACUGUUUUCUUGCAUCUAGUAAAAUUUUGGCACCAACAGUACAUGUUAACUGUGCUCACAAAAGUUGCAGUCACAAGAAGCAUCGAAGUUCUCUCAACACCCACACCUGUGAUCAUGCGCAACAGUGCACUUAUCAGUGAUGCAUACGAGCUUUAUAAUUGUCAAUAAAAAAUGGGCUGUGAGUCAUCAGGUUUAGGUUUUGGUACUCAAGAAAGGCUUAGGUAGGCAUUUAAGGGUGUCACCACCUUUCAUGAGAGCACUUGUUCAUGAUCUUAAAAUUAUUAUUCCAUGGCUGUUUUCUGAAAAAUAGUUUCAAAGGCCCAAAUGUUCUAGGCAACAAACAAGUUGAAAAAUGAAUUUUUCUAUUCAUGGAAAAUUACUCAAUAUGCAUCAUCGCUUUGGGGAUAAUGCAACCAAGUGCGUGUCACCUUGUGCCCACCAGGGAAACGUGCCGGCCACGCACUAAAUGCUGCUGGUGCGCCAGGCCCAACGGCAUGCCGCUUAUCAUCUCUUUCCAACAGUAUCGAGCGACUCCAACAACAGUCAAGUAAUAUCAAGAAGUCCAAAAAAAGUUCAAUUUUCAUUUGAUAAGCAGCCCGUGUCUAAAGCCGAUAACUCAUCCACUACGCCAAAGAAUUUGUCUCAGCUAUGUGGCCAAUCUGAAUCCCGUUUAUUUUAUGUUGUGGACAAAGUUUCAAAAACCCGCUUCCUGGUGGACACAGGUGCUGAGGUCAGUGCGGUUCCGGCGACGCGUGCAGAUCGGCAAGGCCAACCAACAUACAACCUGCAACCCAUGAACGCCACACGAAUUGCAACGUUCGGCCAUUGCUCCCUAACGAUGGACUUCGGGCUGCGCCGAACCUUUCGUUGGGUAUUCUUGGUGGCAGACGUGAAGCACGCGAUCAUCGGAGCUGACUUUCUUCGCCACUUCGGUCUUCUUGUGGACAUGAAGUACUGCUGUCUACGAGAUGCUACAACACACUUAAGCAAGCAUUCACGGCAUCACGGCAUGCAUGGAAAUGAUGGCAUCAACGAUGCUUUGACCAUAGGUACCAAAUUCCAACCCCUACUUCACAAACUUGUUGACGAACUUUCCUUUCAUCACGUCUCCUGUGUAUACAACAUGCCCGGUCAAGCACAGCGUGACGCAUCACAUUAUGGCAACAGGACCACCAGUGCAUACCCGUCCUCGCCGCUUGCCACCUGAGAAGCUGAGCAUUGCUCGACGUGAAUUUCAGCAUAUGCUCGAACUGGGUAUUGUGCGCCCAUCCUCUAGCCCUUGGUCAUCACCACUCCAUUUAGUCCCAAAAUCUACUCCAGGUGACUGGCGUCCAUGUGGCGACUACCGUUCCCUCAACAAAAUGAUGCAACCGGACCACUAUCCAAUUCCCCAUUUGCAUGACUUUGUUGGAACACUGCAUGGCGCCACUGUUUUCUUUAAAAUUGACCUCAUAAAAGCAUACCAUCAGAUCCCAGUGGAAGAGGCCAACAUCCCAAAAACAGCAGUCACAACACCCUUUGGCUUAUUCGAAUACACCAGAAUGCCAUUUCGACUGCGUAAUGCAUCGCAGACUUUCCAGCGGUUCAUCAACGAGGUGACCAGAGGCUUGGAUUUCUGCUAUGCAUACAUCGACGACAUCCUGGUUGCCAGCGCUUUGCCUGAAGAACAUGCUACCCAUCUGUGGCAACUACUUUCGCAUCUGGACAAAUAUGGAAUCAUCAUCAACCCAGAUAAGUGCCUCUUCGGAGUACCAAAGAUCGACUUUUUGGGACAUCGCCUCACAUGUGACGGCAUAAAACCCCUGAAUGACAAGGUUUGAGCUAUUGAAAAUUUUCCCAUGUCUGAAAACAAGCAAAAGCUUCGGCAAUUCCUCGGCCUAGUUAACUUUCAUCGACGCUUCAUACCAGCUUGUGCGCGCACACUGAAGCCAUUAAAUGAUCUCCUCUCAACCCCUGGACCAGGCACUGUGUCACUGGAGUGGACGGACGAUGCUCGUGCCGCCUUCGACAUAAUCAAAUGUGACCUCGCGACGGCAGCUCUCCUAACUCACCCGCAGCCAGACGCACCAACUCGCUUCAUGGUAGACGCCUCUAGCAACGGUGUGGGUGCUAUACUGCAGCAAUGCAUCGGUGACGAAUGGAAGCCUCUCGCAUUCUUUUCAAAAACACUGUCCCCUGCACAAACCCGUACAGCACAUACAGAUGCGAGUUACUCGCUAUUUAUUUGGCAGUGAAAUAUUUCCGCCACUUCCUGGAAGGCAGGUCAUUCUAUAUUCUCACUGACCACAAGCCACUGACUCACGCCUUCACCACUCGAUCAGAUGGACUGUCACUGAGAGAAAUUCGAUAACUAGCAUUUUUAUCGGAAUUCUGUACUGAUAUUCGCCAUGUCGCUGGCUCUGCGAACGCCGCAGCUGAUGCACUCUCGCGUUCCCACAUAAGCAGUGUCACUUUGCUUUCAACUUCUGUCGAUUUUGACAAAAGGCUUUAGCACAAAGGGAAGACAAAGAGUUCCGACAGCUGAGAAAUUCUUCAUCCAAUCUGGUAUUUCAAGAUGUGCCAUUGCAAGCCUGCACAGAACUACUCGCAUGUGACAUGUCCACUGGCACACCACGCCCAUUUGUACCAAAAUCAUUUCGCCGCUGCGUCUUUGACUCUCUGCACUCAUUGUCGCACCCGGGAAUCCGCGCAACGGAAGCACUUGUCACCACGCGAUACCUAUGGCCGGGAAUGAACAAAGGCGUUCGAGAUUGGUCGCGUACGUGUACUUAGUGUCAACGAUCUAAAAUACAGCGCUACACUGUCACUCCACUGUCAACAUUUCUUCCUCCAGACACACGGUUCAGAGAAGUCCAUAUUGACAUUGUUGGUCCCUUGCCACCUUCCCAAGAUUGCUGCUACAUUCUUACAUGUGUCGACCGCUUCACUCGCUGGCCAGAAGCCAUUUUUAUGCGAGAUAUGUCCGCUGAGACUGUCGCAAAGGCAUUCCUGCAGACAUGGAUUGCACGCUUCGGAGCACCAUCCAUCAUCACAACUGAUCGUGGACGCCAAUUUGAGUCUUCCCUCUUCAAGGAACUUCUCGCUAUCCUUGGCACACAUCGUAUCCGCACAACAGCUUAUCAUCCAGCAGCUAACGGAUUGGUGGAAUGAAUGCACAGACAGCUUAAAUCUUCCAUAACUGCGUACGGCGAACCCUCCCAUUGGACCGAAGUACUCCCACUUGUGCUCCUUGGCAUGCGCACAACACUCAAAAGUGACUUGUGCACCAGUGCUGAGUUGCUCUACGGAACAACCCUUCGCCUCCCUGGUCAGUUUGUGGAAGCAAACAAAAAUGAUGUCUUGCCCGAUUCUCUCCAGUAUGUGUCACGCUUGCGAGCAAUGAUGGACAGCCUCCGUCCCACACCGACUCGCGCAAAGCAGGCUACUCAUGUGUACAUGUCUAAAGACUUGGAUAACUGCACCCACGUUUUCCUGCACCGUGACGCGGUGAGAAAACCACUCCAGCCACCAUACGACGGCCCAUUCAGAGUACUUCGUCGCAGCCCGAAAACUUUCACCAUUGAAAUUUGUGGACGAUCCAAAGUCAUCUCCGUGGACCGACUAAAAUCAGCGCACAUGGAGCAACUGCUGAACGACACCGCCACUGAGCCACAUUCGAGAAUCAGCCAUCCCUGCACCACACGUUCUGGAAGAACUGUACGUCAGCCUAUGCGAUUUGGGACAUAAUUGACUUACUUCUUCUGCCACCGAAAUACUUGCGUAAUAUGCGGGCCUCUUCCUAUACGAGGAGGAGGAGUGGUGUAGGAACAGUUUCGGUUUCGGUUUCACCGCCAACGUCUGGCGACCACAAGCAACCCUGGUUUGCCGCCGGAGGGUGCGGUCAAUAUAAACAUCGUCUAAAGUUGCACCCGGGGUCACGGGAGAACACCAGACGCUUCCGAGGGACGAGACGCGCUCGUGGGGCCUCGUACAACUCAGUCAUGUAUACUUAAUAAUAAACAGUUAAUCAGUUUAAUGUAGCUGAGUUGCUCUACGGAACAACCCUUCGCCUCCCUGGUCAGUUUGUGGAAGCAAACAAAAAUGAUGUCUUGCCUGAUUCUCUCCAGUAUGUGUCACGCUUGCGAGCAAUGAUGGACAGCCUCCGUCCCACACCGACUCGCGCAAAGCAGGCAUUCCUCUACGAGCUUUUAACUGGAGCACAGAUGGUUGUGAUUUGGUGACACUGUAGUAAAAAGUAAAAGAAAGCUGUGAUGUGCAUGCUUAUAGUUUGUCUAUUUGCCAUCUAUAAUUGGUGUGAGCUGCAUCAUAACUAAGAAGCUAAAAAAUUAGUUUUUAACUGAAGCAUCUUGACAUUAGAAGUGUAAUUAUCCUUCUUUAUCGCAGUUCAUUGCACUGCCUAACAUAUAAGUAAAGUACUAUAUUUUUGGUUUUUGCUUACGUCUUAAAACUGUGUGUUUUCAAGUGAAUAUAUUGAUGCAAGUAAUAUUCAUAGUUUUUCAGUGGUAAUUUUUUUUUUAUUGAGCUUAGUGAUUUUCUUCUGGUUCACUAAUUUUUCUCAUGCUACAACUUUCUCUUCAAGAGCAUAGCUGUAUUCAAUACACUGAAUAGCAAAAUUUCAUGAAGCAGUCUAAUGUGUACAAUGCUGUAUGGCAAUGUUACUGGCAUAAAUUAAUGGUGAGGCACUUAUUAUAUGAACAUAAAUAUAAUUGUACUUUGUUUGUAACAGUGCAGGUACAGUGCUUCACCGAACAAUUCAGAAAAAGAAGGAAAGAAAAGAGACAAAAACAGCAGGAGUCCACGCACGUAUUGGUAAACUUGUCCAGAUUAUCCGCCACUGUGACUAGUGUGAUGACUUAUAGGAGACCUGGGCGUGGCAUUCGCAUCCCCUGUUUUUGUUGCAGUGGCAUGCAGAACAGAUGUAAAUAAUAAAGAAACCAAGAAAAAAAAAUCCUGAUACUCAAGCAAAGUGGCAGGCUGACACAUGAUCUUGACUUUGGCAGGCUGUUUGCAACAGUGCGCAUGUUGGUUCGCAGCUGCAACCCCCUUGACCGCUGUCUUAGCUGUGCUAAAUCUGGUUUCACUGGCCCUCUUACAGUUAACGUUGAAUUCCAGAAAAGAAUUGCACCAUACCUUUCUUUCCUUUCACUUUUUUUUUUGCUUAAACUGAAAACAUUCAGACCCGUGUGUGAAGAGGGAGCACGUGAAGUUUCACGAAAAAAGUUUUCUUUAUCAUGAAGUUAUGAAUAAUCAAGUUACGCAGAAUUGCUGCAUAUUCUGCUAGUUGGAAAAUUGUAGACAACUUUUUAACGAAGCACCAUGAACACACAAUUCUAUUUGCAACACCUUCUUUAUAUGAGGUGUUUAAAAUACCCAAAAUGUAAAAUUUAUACUUCUAAAUGAAAUAUGCAUUUCCAAAGGUGGUGACAUACCUUGAGCAUACCUUUCUUUGAGCUAUGCUCCUUGAAACAAGGCUUAGUACUGCAGCUUUUGUUAUAAGACUGAGUAAAUGGUGGGGUUAACAGUUUUACUAAGUAAAUAAAUAAAUAAAAUGUAACAUGACAUGACAUUUGCAAGCUAGCCAUAUGUUCUAUUCCAUGGCCAUGCUAGUUGCAUGAGAACCAACAUACAUAGCUUUUCUUUUUUUUUUUUUACUCAUGUACACAUUGUUUGUUCAUGAAAAAUCUUCAGAGAGUUUAACUUUAAACAAGCAUUUUUUAAUGGGAUAACAACAUGUAAUAACAUUUCUGUCACUAGGCAAGCACAAAUGCUGCUGAGUCUUGUGGCUAUGCUGUCUAUUUUGUAUCAUUGUUAUAUUUUUUCCCCCUGGGUGGCACAACCCCAAGCAUUAUUUUAUUUGAAUGUGCGUGUUUACCAUAUGUGUAUAUAACAGACUUGUGCAUCGUGUUUGCCUGUCCUUUUGAGGACGAAUUUUUAAAUGUGCUUUUGCACAAAGAGUGCGUUUGAAGCUCUGUGUGGCGUCUAGUCUCUACUACAUGUGCAGUCAUAUUUUAACUGCUCACAGCUGCAUCAUUGUCAGCUGCAUUUAUGAACACAUGCAGUGGGUACAAGAGGAUAGAAAGUUUUCACUGUUGUAUUGCGAGUCAACUUAAUAUUGCAGUAUGUCAUGAAUUAUACCAUGUGCGUUUGGCUUGAAUAAGAGUGCAAGUGUAUAUCAUUCCAGCAUAAAGAAAGCCUUCCUUAUGUUGGGUAGUACUUGAUGAAGUUUUGUUUAUCAUUUCUGCAAAAAUAAGUCACAGCUUGGAAACCAUUGCAUGAAAAAAUAUUCAGUUGAGCAGAAAACUGUUAAGGGCCCCUCACCAACCCCCUUUGCAAAUUCUUCUAUAUGGAAGCUAUAAGGCACCAUCUGGGGAAUGUUUUGCCAACAGAAUUUGUCAAGGUGGUUCCUUAUCUGAAAAGCUAGAAGAAAUUGAACUGCCCUGUUACCAUGCUUCCGGGAGGGAAAGCGUCACUCUAAGCAGAGAUGCUCUCUCCCUUUGCCUUGAGUACCAUUGGCAAUCAGGAUUCCUUUCCUGCCUUUUCCUACACUGGAUCUGAGGGACAGGUCACGUACAUGUGACAAGCCUCUGCUCUGACUCUGUUCUGUUUUCGCUACGUGCCACAUUUGCAGUGGGUGGCCAUGCACAUUCCGCAUUGGCUGAUUGACUGAAGUCGCAUGCCAUGGUCGGUGAUGAUGUAUCUUGUGUAAAACAAUUUGUGUGUGACCUUGACCCCUUUUUAAAGUAUGGCCCCCUCAAAAGGAAUUGCAUGUGGCCUUCUGUUUCAAAGAUUUCAAACAUUUUUCAUGCCACACUGCCAUUUCACACUUAACAAUGAUGUAUGUGCCAUGCUUCUUUGUUUGCAAUACUCACACGUGGUGAGGGGCCUUUUAAUGGGGCUUAGUUGGUAAUGAAAGCAUGGUUAGCCAUUGACUGUUCUGUUGUGUUUGGUUUUCUCGCUUGCGAUAGUCGUGUUGUGGUAGCUAGCAUUAAGUAGACUGCCCAUGAGACUCAAAAAGAGCUAAAAAAUGUUUAAUAUACAUCCCUAAAGAAUGAAACAACUGUGCUAACAUCACGUUGUUAGUGGUCUAAAAAACUUCUUGAAGGAAGUUUCAGAACUUUUUUAAUACCUUUAUCUCUAUUUGAAAUCGCCAUAAUACUGGUAAUCACAGCUAAUUUAUAUUGUGAUUAAUUAAGAAAUAGCCAUUUAUGUGAUCAUGAAAAAUUUCAUGGUCUACCCAAAGUGGGAUUCAAACUCUAAUCCUCUGUUUUAUGGGCUGGAUGCUGUGACCACUAGACCACCACCGCUUGGCUGAAACGUGCAUGUAAUGGCCGCAUGUUGUGCAUCUCAUUGCAAGUGCAGCAUGCAAUAUAGAUGUGUCACUUUUCGUGUGCUAUGCAGGGCAAUCGUACGGUUUCAUGUGCUUGUAGAACAUAUGCAACUGGAAAAAGGCAGCUGCCUGAUUUUUCUUAAUUUUAAAAUGAAUAAACAUCGGACAUGUUACAGAAUGUGCAGUGCAAAUGAGGUACACAAGACAGCACAGAAGGCAGACUUGUUUUGCACGCAACGUUUGCACUACACAUUGUGCAAUGCAAUACCAGUUAGUCCAUCAAUCUCUUUUUCAGAGGCACGCAUGUGUUACAAGUAAUGACAGAAGCUGAGGAAGCUCGAUGCAAUUCUUCAUGCAUACGUGAAGAAUGGCAUCGAGCUUCCUUAUGUGCAUGAACACAUAUACCACAGGACACCUGCAUUGCCUUUGCACAUCAUAAUGUGUAAUUGUUUGUUUUGCACCUUCAAAGUGACCACAUAUUCGCGUACUAUUUGUGAAUUAUAUUUCGGUAAACAUGAAUAAAUGCACUGGCUUCAGUCUGUAUGGAGAAUAAAGACAACACGGCUUUUAAGAAAAAAUUUUACCCUUCAAAACCGCUUCAGUAAAGUGUGAAACCUAAAUAUACAAUUUACAAGGAAGUAUUUGUGGUUAAAAACAAUUGACGAAGAGAGUUGGGCAAGUUAAUGUUGAUGCAUUUCUUGUGACACAGUUACUAUUGGAAGAAAUCUAACGAAAAAAAAAAAAAAAAAAACAGGGCAGAGCGCUAGACUUGAACAAAUGUGCAACAAAGGCGCAGUCGUUCAUGCAUCUGUUUUCGCGUUUAUUUGAGAAUACACUGGUUUCUUUGGAUGCUUUCUGAAUAAAAUUUGUCAGCUGAAGUCUAGCACUGUCUUGUGUCAACUUUUUUUUCUGUUUGAUUUUUUGCACCAGUAACUACGUCAUAAGGUUAAAAAGAAUAUCUACAUAUACUUGUGAAGUAGACGUCUUGACAGGAUUUGCAAAAACCCUUUGCCACAAAUGGUUAUUCGACAUUUCACAAUAUAUCAAGAUGUCUAUGCACCACUGCAUACUAUUUAAAAAGUUUUCUAGAAGUUGUGUGUUGCGCGGGUGGUUGACUUUAGUCCGUUAAAGUCAGUCUAGUUAUAGAAGCAUUGGUCAAAUUACGUUUCUGAAUAUUUUACACCAGCGAAAAUUUUACUGAUAACUUUAAAUUUAAAUGAACAAGUUCUGCAGUGUCUUUGAGUAUCUUGCAGCAGUGGUUGUUUUUUGCUACCUAUGAGGUUUGAACAGUGUGGGCCAAGAAAUUCGGAUACCCAUGCUCCUAUAGUUGGGCAGGCAAUCACUGCAUAACUAGCUGCUAUGCUGGCUUACUCCAAUAAUUAAAACACUUCGUUGGUGUAUUUGGAAAGAAAAAAUUUCAUCAAUAAAAUUCCUCAGCAGCUUCAUUUUGCUUUGAUGCACUAUGUGCAGUUCGUCCUUAAUGUUUGGCUACUAUUAUAUAAAGGGUAUACCAGAAUACCUUGCCUCGAUAUUGUGCUGGAUGAUCUGUUUUACAGUGCUUACACGGUACACUUGUAAGUAAAGUUCAUGUCCGGUCCACACCCUCAUCUUUGGAUAAUUCCGUGGAAUGCUUGUCAUGAUGCACAUAUUCUUGCAACCUUUACAACCACAAAGCAAGCAUUUUCCAUUUGUACAUAACUGUAUAUGUUAGAUGUUCAUGGUAUCACCAUCUUUCAUGCUGUGCUUUUUUUAAGUAAUAUUUUCACUUUGUCUUGGGUGGGGAAUGUUUAUUACCAUUUUGUGAAUGUUGUACACUUGCUGAACAGUCACUCAGAUUUAUACCACCUGGUUUUUGUUGACAUCGGUGGCACUUGCAAUACUAAUUGUAAUUAUCUGCAUGGAUUUCUCGUGUGCUGUUGGUUUGUUAAAAAGCAAGAAAUAAAAGGAUAAAAAUUCAUGCCUCA